CACAUCCUACCGCAAUACAAGCUGGGAUCUGAUUGGUUGCCAUGGUCACACCUGCGCUAGAGAAAAAAAAAAAAGGUGGGCUGUGAUUGGUUGCUAUUGGCAACACAUCCCCGCCGUGGUGCUAUGAGAGGUCGGGGCCGGUGCGGACAUUCCCGGUACACCGCUCCCACUGCACCCUUCACCGGAUUAUCGGCUCCGGCUGCUCCGUAUAGAGAGGACCCGACCUGUAGAGAACAAUAGCGGCCGCCCCGCCCCGUCCCGUCCUCCUCCCCGUCAGGCCUGGCCCCGUCUCCUCCCCCGCCGCUUACAGACGGCUGCUCGGUGUCCCGGGUGUGCGGCUUCCUGUGUAUCUGUGGCCGGAGUGAUGUCCUGAGAGCUGGCGGCGCCGAGAACCGGGAGAACGGGCACUGUGUGCGAGAGAGACCGGAGCCGCCUCAUCCACAUUCCUCCAUGAUGCCCUCUGCCCUCCUCUGACCACGCUGCCGCCAUGUCAGCCACCGAUGCUCUGCCACCCCCCAUUCCCCUCUCCCAGAAGCCUGUCCGUAUUAUAAAAGCCAGACCGCCAAAUCGGCCUCCACCUCAUUUGCCUCCCAAACCUCCUCAGAAGCCCUCUCCAUGCCCCAAGCAUGCCCCUGUGCCACCAGCCUGCCAGCCCGAUCACCCAGAACCUACUGCCGAGCCAACUACAUCUGGGGUAUGUGUGAAGAAGAUCGCUGGUCUCUUCCAGAAGGAUCCGGCAGGGGGCAGCAGUGAUGACCCUCAGCCGCGGUUACCUCCAAAACCAUCAGCUCUCCUGCCAAAAGAGGACAAGGUGCCGCCAACGACCAAGGAGGAGCCACCCAGCACCGAGAUCAAGUCAGAAGUGAAGAAGCCUGAAGAACAGAGCUGCCCUCCCCCUCUACCUCCAAAACUCUUCCAAGACCCAGAUGAGCGAUUGUCCAAGAUGGCGUCCUGUCUUCCCCGGCCGGCCUGCCCGUCUAGGUGCUGCUGUGCCUGCCAUCAACAGAGACCUGGGAUGGUAUUGGUGUGGCUCCCAGAGUCCUCAGUGGUGUCUCCGGGCCUUCAUGUGAACGAAGCUUCCGACUCCUCCGAUGACAGCGGGGUCUUCCAGAGAGUCCUAUCUAUAAAUGACGAUGAGGAUGAGGAGGGUGGGAAAUGGGGUUCUUGGCAUCUGAAAGACAAGAUGAAUGUUGGGACCUGUUACCCGAUAAGGCGGCGGUCACUAAAGUACGCGGAGCGAUCCCAGCAGGACUCAGCUGAUGGGGUGGGAAAAGAGAAAGUGAGGAACAGCGUAGUCCUGACUUCUUACAAAUCCACAGCUGAAGAAAGCUUCAAUGGGGAAGAGACAACUGGUGAGGGAGAAAAGGGCCAAAAAUGUGAGAGGGCGAGCAAUGCCCCAGAGAUCCCCAAACAUGGGCCACCCAACCAUAGGAAAGCCAGAGCCACUGGUCAUGUAGAGACUGCUGUAGAAAAUGACCAUUCAGAGACUUCUACUGUAUCCAAUAGGGCAACACAUGACCCGCAACCUGAAGCCCCAAAAAACCCUAAAUACAAGAGCAUCUCCUUCUCUACUGACGUCAUUUCUAUGGUGGACAAAGAGGUCGGGGGUUCAGAUGACUCUAUUGACUCUAAAGACCCUUUACAGCCCAACGAGGGUCCAAAUUCUGAUCCUGUGACUCUAAGAGGAGCAGGAGAGAUCCGUUCUAAGAUCAGGAAGCCGGCCCGCAGGAGCAAAGUGCCCCCUCUAUCUGUGUGUGAAGUGCCAGAGCCUCCACCAACGCUGCCUCCUAAAGUGCCCAGCAAGCCCCCCAGAGGGGCCGCCCCCCCACCACCUCCUGCUCCGCCUCCAUUCUUGAGAAAGGGUUCUUUAAAAAGGUAUUCUUUGGGUAACACGGAGGAGAUGACAGACAAGGAUAAGAAAAUGGCCUCCAAUAGUCUUCCUAUAGAGGCCGUAUAUAAGGGGAAAGACUCCGCAACGUCAGGCGAGGAUGCAAGUGACUCCUUGGCUUUUUGUUCGGACAGCUCUGUUUCCAGGACACCGACUGUGAAGAGCCCAAAGUCUAUAGACUGGGAAUCGCACUUGCGGGAUGAACCACUGUACCAGACGUACCGCCAAAGCGUCAUCAACAAGGAGAUCCGGAGACAGACAGUAUCCCGAAACUGCAGCUUUACCAGCUAUGACUCCUCACAGGAGAGUCCGCUAUCUGCCGGGGGAUCCCCGAAACCAGGUCGGAGGUCAUCAGCUCCCCACAACACCUUGUGGCAGGAAUUACCAUGUGUGAUCGAGAGCGGUGUCCUGGAGAGUAUGAGCAACGACGAGAAGAAAAUACAGGAGAGUAUGUUUGAGGUUCUAACCUCUGAGGCCUCGUACCUCCGCUCUCUGAACGUCCUGACCGAACACUUUCUGGGGAAUCGGGAUCUUCAGGAAUCACUGGUGGUCAGGGAGAAGAAAAUCCUCUUCUCUAAUGUUCUGAAGGUGAAAGAAGUGAGCGAGAGGUUCCUCAUGGACCUGGAGUCGCGGGUUGAUGAAGAUGUGAUCAUAUCUGAUGUCUGUGACAUUAUAUAUCACCACGCCAUAAAUCACUUCUCUGUAUAUAUAGAUUAUGUCCGUAACCAGGUCUACCAGGAGAAGACAUACAGCGAGCUCAUGGAGAAGAACCCUCAGUUCCAUGCCCUGCUGUGCCGCUUACAGGAGCUGCCCCAGUGCCAGAGAUUGCCCUUCAUGUCCUUUCUACUGCUGCCCUUCCAGAGAAUCACCCGUAUUAAGAUGCUGAUAGAGAAUAUAUUGAAGAGGACGGAGGAGGGGUCCGAAUGUGAACAGAAUGCCAGCAAAGCCUUGGAUUCCGUAUCAAAGAUCAUCCAGGAGUGUAACCGUGAGGUCGGACGCAUGAAACAGACUGAGGAGCUCAUCUACAUCUCCUCCAAGAUUGAGUUUGAUAAGAUUAAGGCUGUGCCCUUCAUAUCUCACAACCGAUUCCUCGAGAAACAGGGAGAACUGAGUGAAGUGCAGCAGAAGGGAAGUCUCUUCGGGAUCAAACCCAACAAGCUCACCCCCGUCUACUUCUUCCUGUUCAAUGACCUCCUGCUUAUUACACAGAAAAAAAGCUCUGACAGAUAUGUUGUUCUGGACUACGCACAUCGCUCCCUGGUCCAAGUCCAGUCCUGCCCCACAAUGGAGAACAGCUUCUUUCUCACUCUCCUGGAGAAUCACCAGAGGAAAACCUGUGACCGCCUCUUCAAAGCGCCCACUCAGUCAGACAUGCAUCGGUGGGUGGCCGUGUUCCCCAGUAAGAACAGUGACUCCUCCUCUGGCAGUGAUACCAUUUAUGAGGACUGGGAUUGCCCCCAGGUCCAUUGUGUGGAGCAAUACAUGGCAACCCAGGCUGAUGAGCUGACCCUGGAGCCGUCUGACAUCAUCAAUGUCCUGCGCAAGACAUCUGAAGGCUGGUAUGAGGGUAUUCGGCUUUCUGAUGGGAAGAAGGGCUGGUUCCCCUCCCGCUACGUCCAGGAGAUCACCAACGAACACGUCAGGAGGCGGAAUCUCCGAGAGCGUUACCGUGUCCUUCAGGCCGCACGGCAGAUGACCGGACCCACGGACACCUGAGGAGCGCCGGACUCUGGCCUGAGUUUUCAGGAACAGAAAGUUGACUUUGUGACUGAAGAUUCGGAGUCUGCCAUGAGGGAACAGGUCGGGAGGUUGUGCAUUACGAUGCUGGACAUCCAUGGAAGGAACCGCAUCCAUCUGCUGCUAUUUACUACAAGGACUCGAUGGAAAGGCCAAGUGUCACCAGAAAGUGACCGAGGACCACUGGAAUCUCCAGGUCAUCUCAUACUGCCAAAUCCUUCUUAUAAACUCCUCACGUUAAAGCACAAAUCUCCUAGAAAGGAUCUGCUCGUCUCCUCCAUCCUGGGGCAGAACGAGUGUAUAUGAAUGAAGGUCGUAGUCCCCACUCCACCACCAUUGUCCGCUACAUCUUUCAUCUCAUUGUUGUGAAGGCGGCAAAUCGAAGCCACAAUGAGGACCAAUAUAGGACAGGAUAUUGCUGUAGAGAAUUCAUCAUUCCUCAAACCUUCCGGUUUUCUCUGUUCUCCUGACCUGGAGUGUCAUGGUGGACAAUCCCGAUGGACAUACUGUAGAGUGGUUCAUUGACUGAGACUUCUAUAUGAACUUCUCCGUACGAGACUCUUAGGCCAACCGGAGUCUAUGGCGAAGCACAGGUCCAUGAAUGGUAGGUAUGGAUUUAGGUAGAAGUCUCGUUGUGGUGGCCUGUCAUGGUGUCAUGGACCAUUGAAGGUGCGUGUUGUGGUGUCUUGUAAGAACAUGGAUGGAAGCACAAGCAAAGUGAAUAAUGCCAGUAUUUUCUGCGUCUCCUCAGAUAGGUGGACCUGGGGCCAAUGUCCGUCAUCAUCUCACAGGUCCCAUGGUGGACGUUGGCCCCUCAUGUCGUACGGGUGUAGACAUCUACGUAAUAUCGUAUUAAGGACUAUGUCAGUGCCAAAGAGCAAAUGUCCUCAGAAGGUGUGUGGUCUCCUGGGCCGCCGCCGCGCCCCAUAGUGUUAUCAGAUCUCUGUCGUGGAUCGUAUGGGCUGACCGCAUCUUGUCCAUGUGAGAAGAUGGUCCAACCUUGGGAGAACGCCAGUACCGCCAUCUUGGAAGGAUUUUUUUUAUUCUGGAUGUGACCCCCCCCUGUUGUUUCAUGUAUACAGGGAAUUUAUUGUUUGUGUAUUGACAGUUGUGUCACGUGAAGUAAAACGUUUCCUCUGGCGUA